CUGCCAUACGUGACCGCCCUGUCUUUUCUUCGACAAGAGCUGUCUCGCCCAAGUGUGGCACCAAACGAAGCAGGUAUCGAAGAAUAAAACACAACGCACUCAAUCGUAUAAAUUCUUCAUACAAUGAGCCGAACGCCUUCGUUAUGCGGUGGAUUUCUCACUGACAAACGAUCGAUGGUUGCCUUUACAUGGUCGGUGACAACCGUGUUGACAAUUUUCGCCUUUGCCACUGCCCUUGUGCUGACAGUGAAAGUUCACACGCAUUACAAAUAUCUAGAACGAUAUUACGAUGGUGACGAUUGGUAUGAGCAGAAUUAUGCCUAUUAUAACUACGACAACAGUCAAGACGAAGAAAACGACAACGAAAACGAGGAUUCCCACGACGAGAAAUAUCGGGAUCAAAUCCGAGAAUCCUACAUGCUGCUGUCCAGCAUGUCGGCCAAAUCGGUGACUUUUGUGGCGUUCUAUACCAUGGUAUUGGCCACGGCUCUGUCGAUGUACGGGACAAUGGCAAUCGUCGGGUUCACAUCCCUCCGUGGVGUGUACAUAGCACCCUGUUUUUCAAUUGGUUCCAAUAAGUUAAAGGUCGGAAUAUUCGGCGGUGCCAUCGUGAUUUUUGCCAAUUUACUACUCGUGUGCGCCGUAGUGCUGGGAGAGGUGAAGGUGUGUGGUUUGUGUGUUACGCACGGUCUUGUCAGUGGAUUUGCGUUCAGUUCAAUUGAGGUCGAGUUGCGUUUGUGCCUACACGAAAUCUCAUUCUUAUUUUUCUUUGAUAUACGACACUAUUCCGAUGUAUGCUUUGUGUUCAUGUUAUGUGAUAAACAGGUGGCGGGAAAUUACAAUCAAGAAAAAGAGGAAGG